GCCCUGGGCCGCCUCCGCUCGUUCCCCGGUCGGGGCCGCAGAUGCAUUCCAGACUCUAGGCGCCGGAAAGCAACAGUGAACAAGAUGCCAUUAGCAUCCAGUGGCCAGAGGCCAGGGACUGACCAACUUGCCGUGCAGGGAACCUGGACCCCUGGACCCCCGACCAGCCCCAGAUCUCAACAGCGCUGAUGCUAGGAAACUCUGAUUAUGAAGUGUGAUGGUCGGCUCCCACGCGGACAUGGCGCCGGCCUCGACCGCCGAGGGGGCCAGCGAGAAGCCCGGGCCCGCGGCCCCUGCCCCACCGGCGCAGUAUGAGUGUGGGGAGUGCGGCAAGUCCUUCCGCUGGUCGUCCCGCCUGCUGCACCACCAGCGCACGCACACGGGCGAGCGGCCCUAUAAGUGCCCCGACUGCCCCAAGGCCUUCAAGGGCUCGUCGGCGCUGCUCUACCACCAGCGGGGCCACACGGGCGAGCGGCCAUACCAGUGCCCCGACUGCCCCAAGGCCUUCAAGCGCUCGUCGCUGCUGCAGAUCCACCGCAGCGUGCACACGGGCCUGCGCGCCUUCACGUGCGGCCAGUGCGGCCUGGCCUUCAAGUGGUCCUCGCACUACCAGUACCACCUGCGGCAGCACACGGGCGAGCGGCCCUACCCCUGCCCGGACUGCCCCAAAGCCUUCAAGAACUCGUCCAGCCUGCGGCGCCACCGGCACGUGCACACGGGCGAGCGGCCCUACACCUGCGGCGUGUGCGGCAAAAGCUUCACACAGAGCACCAACCUGCGGCAGCACCAGCGCGUGCACACGGGCGAGCGGCCCUUCCGCUGCCCGCUCUGCCCCAAGACCUUCACGCACUCCUCUAACCUGCUGCUGCACCAGCGCACGCACGGCGGCGCUGCCGCCGCCCCUGUCCCAGGCGCCGGCCCCGGGCCUCCGCCGCGCGAGCCUGCCGCCGGUGGCAAGGUCCUGGUCUCUGACGCCUACCUGCAGCGGCCCUUGCCACCGCCCAGCCCACCCGCGCCGCCGCCACCCGCACCCCCGCCCGUGGUGCCCGAGCUCUUCCUGGCCGCGGCCGAGACCACGGUGGAGCUGGUGUACCGCUGCGAUGGCUGCGAGCUUGGCUUUGGCAGCGAGGAGCUGCUCCUGGAGCACCAGCCGUGCCCAGGGCCCGAGGCGCCGCCCCCGCCGGCUGCCGCGCCCUCCGAGGCGCCCAAGGCCGACCCACCGCCGCCGCCGCGGUCCCCGCUGUCCCAGCCUGCUCCCGCCACCGCCGCUGCCCCUGGCUUCGCCUGCCUCCCCUGCGGGAAGUCCUUCCGGACGGUGGCCGGCCUCUCCCGCCACCAGCACAGCCAUGGGGCGGCGGGUGGGCAGGCGUUCCGCUGCGGCAGCUGUGACGGCGCCUUCCCGCAGCUGGCCAGCCUGCUGGCACAUCAGCAGAGCCACGUGGAGGAGGCCGCGGCCGGGCGCCCGCCCCCCCAGGCCGAGGCCGCUGAGGUCACCUGCCCGCAGGAACCACUGGGGCCCGCGCCCGGCCCUCCGGCCCCUGCACCCGCUCCGGCCUCGGCGGAGCGACCCUACAAGUGUGCCGAGUGCGGCAAGGCCUUCAAGGGCUCCUCGGGGCUGCGCUACCACCUGCGGGACCACACGGGCGAGCGGCCCUACCAGUGCGGCGAGUGUGGCAAGGCCUUCAAGCGUUCGUCGCUGCUCGCCAUCCACCAGCGCGUGCACACGGGCCUGCGCGCCUUCACCUGUGGCCAGUGCGGCCUCACCUUCAAGUGGUCCUCGCACUACCAGUACCAUUUGCGGCUGCACUCGGGUGAGCGGCCCUACGCCUGCGGCGAGUGCGGUAAGGCUUUCCGCAACACGUCAUGCCUGCGCCGCCACCGGCACGUGCACACGGGCGAGCGGCCCCACGCCUGCGGCGUGUGCGGCAAAAGCUUCGCGCAGACCUCCAACCUGCGGCAGCACCAGCGCGUGCACACGGGCGAGAGGCCCUUCCGCUGCCCGCUCUGCCCCAAGACCUUCACUCACUCCUCCAACCUGCUGCUGCACCAGCGCACGCACUCGGCCGAGCGGCCCUUCACCUGCCCGGUCUGCGGCCGCAGCUUCGUCAUGGCUGCCUACCUGCAGCGGCACCUGAGGACGCAUGCCCCCGCGGCCCCCGCGGCCGGCCCCCAGCCCCCGGCCCCGCUGGCCGCCGCCCCUGCCCCGUCGGCCACCCAGGAUGUGCACGUCCUCCCCCACCUCCAGGCCACGCUCUCCCUAGAGGUGGCUGGGGGGACAGCCCCGGCCGCGGCCCCCGGCCCCGCCGCUCCCAACUCGCAGACUUUUCUCCUGGUGCAGACGGCUCAGGGCCUGCAGCUGAUUCCCAGCAGCGUCCAGCCGCCCACGCCCCCGCCCCCGCCUGCACCCCCCAAGCUCAUCCUGCUGCCCUCCUCCGGCCCCGCUGGGGGAGGCAGCUGCGCCCGGCAAGGCCCGCGGGCUGCGGGGAAAGCUGGGCCGGGGGCUGGAGUAGUCUGGCUGCCAGGCCCUGGGGGGUUAGGCGUGCAGAGAGGAAGCAACGCUGCGGGGAACGUGGGAGGGCAGAGCCUCAUAGUUCUGCAGAACGUGGCGGGUGGGGAAACAGGCCCGCAGGAAGUGAGCGGGGUUCAGCUCCAGCCUCUUCGUCCAGCCCCGGAACUGACCACCGUCCAACUCCAGCCGGCCCAGGAGGUGACCACGGUCCAGCUCCAGCCUGUGACGGGUCCGCUGUCCAGUUCCAGCGGGGGAGCCGUGACCACCGAGGCGCCUAAUCUGCUAGUGGUUCAGAGCGGGGCAGCUGAGGAGUUGCUGGCGGACCCCGGCCCAGUGGAGCCUGGCGAGGGCGAGGCCGGCCCAGGGGUAGUCCCGGAUGUGCUCUUUGAGACGCUGCAGACAGAGGAGGGACUGCAGAGCGUGCUGGUGCUGAGCGGUGCCGACGGGGAACAGACCCAGCUGUGUGUGCAGGAGGUAGAGACCUUACCGUCGGGUCUGGCCGAGCCGCCUGCCUCCGGCCCGCCCGGACAGAAGCUGCUCAUUAUCCGCAGCGCCCCGGCCGCAGAGCUGCUGGAGAACGGCAGCGCUGGGGGAGGCGCCGCUGCGCUGCAGCUACUGGCGCCCCCCCCACCUGGCCCAGCCUCUGCUCCUGCAGGCGUCCCUGCGGCCCCGGGCCCCCAGAUGGUACAAGUGGUCCCCGCAGGAGCGGCACCCGGGGGCGUGGCCCCACAGGGCCUGCCUUCCAUCCAGAUUGUCCAGACUCUGCCCGCGGUCCAGCUGGUGCACACGUUUUGAGUCGGACCACGGGUAUCUCUUCCCGCCCCACGAAGAGGCCCCCACCCCAUCGCCGCCUGGGCUGGGCUGGGCUGGGCGGAGGGAGCUGCAGGCUGGGCUUGCAAAUAAAGACCAG